GUUCUUUAUCUUUAAGAUGCAAAAUAGAAACGGGAAAACUGUCUUACAUUUUAAAAUAAUAUAAAACAAAAUAAAAAAAGAGGUAAAGACUAUUCAGCAAUAGAACUCAGGCAAGAUAUACUGCGCAAAUUGAAUAAUCAAAUGUAAAAAUGUUUUGAAACCUUUACCAGAUCAAUAUUAAUUGUAGGUCAUUAACGCUACUAAUUCUGAAUGAUCACGACGUCCUGUGAAGUUGUCAAUCAAAUGAACUAGCCAAUCGCCUUAAAGGGCGUUGUCGCGUCCGUGUUUGUGAUUGGGCGGCAGAGCGCGUACGCGCGGUGACGUCACCACCGGUACCCAAGCAGUUGCAGCGUGUGAACAUGGCGAACAUCAGAAGUGUCAAGGGUAUGGUGGGUCUGGUGACAGGAGGGGCCUCUGGUUUGGGCAGAGCCACAGUGGAGCGGCUCCUCAGUCAGGGGGCCAGUGCUGUGAUCCUGGACCUGCCCAGCUCAGAUGGACACAAGGUGGCUGCUGCUCUCGGAGACCGAUGUGCAUUUGCACCUACUGAUGUCACGUCGGAGUCAGAUGUAAGAUCGGCUGUGGAUUUGGCCAAGCAGAAGUAUGGCAAAGUGGACCUGGCGGUGAACUGUGCUGGGAUAGCUGUGGCUGUGAAAACAUACAACUUUAAGAAGGACCUUCCUCACAGUCUGGAGGACUUCACUCGUGUUAUCACUGUGAACAUUGCUGGGACUUUUAAUGUGAUCAGACUGGCUGUAGGGGAGAUGGGAAAGAACGAGCCCGAUGCAGAUGGACACAGAGGCUGUAUUAUCAACACAGCCAGUGUUGCUGCUUAUGAUGGACAAGUGGGUCAGGCUGCAUACUCUGCCUCUAAAGGUGGGAUUGUGGGUAUGACACUUCCUAUUGCUCGGGAUCUUGCACCAAUGGGGAUCCGUGUGGUCACCAUCGCCCCAGGGUCCACCCUAAAUUCCACACAGGCCAUGUUAACAUGAUUACACAUCAGAGAGGUCAACAGUUCUCACAGUUACCAUUUGGUUCUGGAACGGCAAGGAUGGUCAUGUUUUCUGACAAUUUCAAAAUCCAAUUUACCAUAUUAUUAUUUUAUUUGAUUAUUCUUAUUUCUUAUAUUUUUCCAUUUUAGCUACUAUUUCUAUAUGUAAUGCACUCUCUGAGUAGCUGACUAGGUUUACGUUUCAAACCAUAUGAUGUGGGUCAAACAAGCAUUUGUGGAGUGUGAGGUGAAACAGAUGUUAGAUCAAACUCGCCAUACAUGGUUUGAUUCAUGGCUGAUGGUUAUUGAGUGUCACUGUGUUGUAUCACUUCACUCUGAUGUGUUGCCCAACGUCUGCUCCAUCAUGUCAUGCAUCAGGGGGUCAUAAGAUAGGACGGCUUUGAUGGACACGUCUUGUCAUCCCAUAGAUCUUUGCACUGUCAGGAAAAUUACUUUAACUAUUAACAAUGGAGCACUGGCUUCCGCAGGGGACGAACAUCAGAGACUUUUUGAAGACAUGGUUAAUGACUGAGGGGUGCAGGGAAGAGACGUCCUGGUGCUUGUUCCCAAAAAACAACUACAGGUUUUGUCUAGAAUCACCAGAGGUUUCAAGAGCAUACUAACAGGCUGAGUCAUCCAAAUGCAUUAUUAAUGUGCUCGGAACAACCCCCCCCCAACUAUGUAAAUAUGAGUUGGGUGUAAUCAGAACACCAGGCCGCUUUAUGCUGAACCUCUUGGGCAGACGGCACAAGCAUGCGACAACCUGAUCAGCAUUUAGAAACACAUGCAUCGACAGCAUGUACACGCAUUAUUUGGAUAACAAGCCGUCUCUGGAAAUCCCUCAAGAUAUAGAAAAGACAUGUUGAUUUUAUCUGUGUAUAUCCCCAAGAAGUCAUGUCUAGCCUGCUGUUUGCUUCUUGAAGUGGUCUAAAGAAAACAAAGGAUAUAGACUAGGACUCUUUUGGACAGAUGCAGAAAUAAGGAGGAGAGAAUUCGAGCUGGUUGUCAUUUAUCUGGAUCUACCAGACCGACCUCUUUUCUUCAAUAAAACAUAAACUUGCACGUCUUCAGAUAUAUCAAUGAGAUUAGUAGUGAAAUCGUCUGCAGAUCGGUGAACCUGAACAACAAUUGAUUUAAUUUAGCCCAUUUUUUUACACAAUUGUAAUUGAUUAUUUAAAUUUAGUAAUUUAUAAUUCAAAAACUUAAUUGUUAUUUCCAAAUGACAGUAUGAGAAUGAAUAUAAUACUGUGAAUGAGAUUUUUUUUUUUCUUUUUGUAUUACGGUAAUGGGAAUUUGGAGGGAAAUUAACACUAAAAAUAAGCCCAAAAAUCUUCAUUUUCUUCAUGCAGUAUAUAAACACUACAACUCGAG